CGGAAGUAGAUAGAUUGACUUUCCGGAAGUGAAAGCGCGCAGAAACUCCACUGUCUAAGCUACACGUGACAAAACAACCAAACACAAACUGCUGCGUUAAGAUGGAUUUUACUGAAGUUCCCGUGACCAGUGACAAGAAAUCUAAGAAAAAGAAAAACAAGAAAGCGGCAAAUAAACGAGCUAGCGGAGAGGAUAACGGAGAGAGCGCUGUAGCGGAGAAGAAGAGCGAGGAGAAGAUGGAAACAGGCGAGUCUUCUUCAGCUGCGUUUCCUCCAACCUUCAGCGUCUCUGAGAUCAAGAACAAGCAGCGGAGACAUAUGAUGUUCACGAAGCUGAAGCAGGAGAAACGAAAGCAAAAACUGCAACUGAGGAAGAAAAGGAAGAAAGAAAGGGCAGCUUUAGGCGACAAGGCACCACCUAAGGAAGUCCCCAAAACGAUAGAAAACCAGAGAGUGUUUGAUGAGACAACAGUUGAUCCAGAAGACGAAGAGAUUGCGUUUGAUGAAGGAACUGAUGAAUUUUCUGCCUACUUUAAUGGAUUGACAAAUCCUCAAGUUCUAAUCACAACGUCGGACAGACCACGAGGGAAAACGGUGAGAUUUUGUGAGCAGCUGGCUUCGGUGAUCCCAAACGCCCACGUUUAUUACAGAAGAGGUUUGGCCUUGAAGAGGAUCAUACCUCAGUGUGUCGCCAGAAACUUCACAUAUCUGAUGGUCAUCAAUGAAGAUCGCCUGGUGCCCAACGGAAUGGUUCUUUGUCAUCUUCCCGAUGGACCGACUGCACACUUUAAGGUCAGCAGUGUUCGUCUACGCAAGGAAAUAAAGAGGCGAGGUAAAGAUCCAACCGAACACUCGCCGGAAGUGAUCCUCAAUAACUUCUCCACCCGUCUGGGACACACCAUCGCCCGGCUGUUCGCUGCCCUCUUCCCUCAGGACCCGAACUUUAUCGGUCGACAGGUCGCGACCUUCCACAACCAGAGAGAUUUUAUCUUCUUUCGAUUCCACAGGUAUAUCUUUAAGAAUGAGAAGAAAGUGGGCAUUCAGGAGCUGGGACCUCGCUUCACUCUCAAACUGAGAUCUCUUCAGAAAGGAACCUUUGAUUCAAAAUAUGGAGAAUAUGAAUGGGUGCUGAAGCGCCAUGAGAUGGAUGCCUGCAGACGGAAGUUUCAGCUUUAACCUGUUUCCUGACAAGAUUACUUCCUUUAAUAACUCAAUUUAUUACCAUCGUUUUUGGACUUAAAUACUUUUUCUUUUUAAACACAGAUGCCGGUUUUCUGACUGAAAAUGUGCUGUACCAGAUUCUUCUCCAUCAAGUUUCCUUAAAAUGUCUUUGUUAUAAAAUGCUGGUGGUUGUACAUGAGCUUUAAGUCUCAGUCUUUACAACCGUUAUUCCGAAUCAGCUGACAGUUUUAUUUUUAUUUUAAAAAGACAAGUGCUUUUUGGUAUCUCUAGACCCAAAGUUCUUAAUGAUGGAAGGGAAAAAAACUUCAUUAAAGAGACGAACCGCCCCGUUUACUACAACAGGAGCAAUAAAAGUGUUAAAACAGUU